ACACACCCCCUCCACUCCUACAUCAGCCUCAAUAUCAGCAGCAGCAGCACCGGGAGAAGUAGCUGCUUCCAGUACAAGGCUCGCACAAGAGCACAACGGCACAGCAUCUUUAAAUACUAACACAGUCGCUCUCGUCUUCAGGCUUGACUUAGCAUUGGGCCAAACAGUAGGGGUGCAUCUUUCACUGCCUAAAAGUUGGGAGGGGGGAAUUGGCUCCCUCUUGUUUCUUCCUCAUUAUCCGUGCCUAUGGAUACCACUGUAAAUAAGGGACUCCUUUCAUCAGGGUUGGCAAUGUAAUUGCAAACAAGCAGAGCAGCCCCUUUUGAAAGAGGGGAAACAGCAGAUGUGGCUGCCCAGAUAUUCGCUAUGUUUUUAAGAUAGCGAUUCAUUUUCUAUACAGCCAAAAGAAAAAAAAAACAGCCAAGAAGGGAGUCGAUCAUCUUUUAUCUUUUUUUUCACUUUUGGUGAAUAAUGAGCCUUGGUUUGACCUAAUAAUGCUUCCGAUAUCACACUCAUUCUCUCAUUCCCCCGUAACCCCUAACAAUGCUGGUUUCUCUUCUAUCCACUUGGAAGGAAAGCAAUCGUUGCUUUUGGGAUCUAGACAAUAGGAGCUGAUGUCAUUUUUCUUCCUAUCAUUUUUUUCCUCAUCUUAAUGUUGGUCGUCUUUUUGUUUCUGGAAUCUUUCCUGGAAUAUUUUCCAAACAUCACCGGAAAAAAAAACAGGAGGAAUGAACCGGCAGCUAGUCAAAAUUUUGACAGCCUUACUUGCAUUAAUAUUUGAGACUAACAAAUUCAGGACGGCUUUUUGCAAAGAGCAUGAUACCAGGUCUGGAAAAUCUCCCCCCAUGUCUCCUUCAGAUUUUUUGGAUAAAUUAAUGGGCAGGACUUCAGGCUAUGAUGCUAGAAUCAGGCCUAACUUUAAAGGUCCUCCAGUAAACGUUACUUGCAAUAUUUUUAUAAACAGUUUUGGAUCAGUCACAGAAACUACAAUGGACUACAGAGUUAACAUUUUUUUGAGGCAAACAUGGAAUGAUCCGCGGCUUUCAUAUAGCGAAUACCCAGACGAUUCUUUGGAUCUGGACCCUUCCAUGUUGGAUUCCAUUUGGAAGCCUGAUUUAUUCUUUGCCAAUGAGAAAGGAGCAAACUUUCACGAUGUUACAACAGACAACAAAUUGCUGCGGAUAUUUAAGAACGGGAAUGUGCUUUACAGUAUAAGGCUUACUCUGACCUUAUCAUGUCCGAUGGACCUAAAGAAUUUCCCAAUGGAUGUGCAGACCUGCGCAAUGCAGCUAGAGAGCUUUGGUUACACAAUGAAUGACCUUAUAUUUGAAUGGCUGAGUACUAGCCCUGUGCAAGUGGCUGAUGGUUUAACUUUGCCACAGUUUAUAUUGAAAGAAGAAAAUGAACUCGGUUAUUGCACCAAACACUACAACACAGGAAAAUUUACAUGUAUUGAAGUGAAAUUUCACCUGGAGCGUCAAAUGGGCUAUUACCUGAUUCAGAUGUAUAUUCCUAGCCUGCUGAUUGUCAUUUUGUCGUGGGUGUCUUUCUGGAUCAAUAUGGAUGCAGCUCCUGCUAGAGUGGCUUUAGGUAUUACCACUGUACUGACAAUGACCACACAGAGCUCAGGAUCAAGAGCCUCACUUCCGAAGGUAUCUUAUGUGAAAGCUAUUGACAUCUGGAUGGCUGUGUGCCUUCUGUUUGUGUUUGCCGCGCUCUUGGAAUAUGCAGCGGUGAACUUCGUCUCAAGGCAACAUAAGGAAUUCCUGAGACUCCGUAGGAGGCAGAAAAGGCAAAGCAAGACUGUACUUGUUGGGAAUGAAAGCGUGGAGUCCGUUCGGCGCAUGAAUGGAUUGCGGAGUACAGAUUCCUCAGCAUACGGAACUCUCAACCAAAUCUACAAUCCAAGUUUAAGGGAAGAAGAUGUUGCCCGCGAGAGUCGCUUCAACUUUAGUGGAUACGGAAUGGGCCACUGUCUGCAAGUGAAAGACGGUACAGCAGUUAAAGCAACACCUCCCAUCCCUCCUCCCCCUCAACCAAAAGAUGCAGACUCCAUCAAAAAGAAAUUUGUUGACCGUGCAAAAAGGAUUGACACAAUAUCUCGGGCUGCCUUCCCAUUGGCCUUCCUCAUUUUUAACAUCUUUUAUUGGAUUACAUAUAAAAUUAUAAGGCACGAAGACGUGCACAAAAAAUAAGCUGCUGCUGCUGUAUUUAUUGAAGAACUGAGAGAAAUAAACUGUUGAAAUAAACUGUGAAAUAUCAAUGGAAAAAAAUGGACUGGUUUUAUACCCCCUUUUCCUCUGAGAACUGCUAAGAAAGUUGUAUAGACUGUGGAAAAAGGAAAACAUUAACUCUGGACGAUAAUAACAAGCCUCCAUCUGACAACGAACGUUGCCAGCAAUUGUCUGUUUACGUUUCCCAAAAAAAAAAAACUGUAUUUAAGAACUUUAUCAAAAAGGGGCCAAUUUAACUGACACUGCCGCCGAAUAGCUUUUUCGGACAAACUCAAAACAAUGUAUAAUAGAGUUAACCAAGACCUCUCAUGUUGUCACACCUCAUAGUGAAACAGGUUACCAUUGUGAUAACUUAAUGCUGGUUAAAAAAAAAAAACAUGUUUAUGAGACGAGGACCAAAUUUUUCUAAUCGGAAAGAAAACCUAACUUACAUUCCAUCACAGUGUUAGUAACUCCAGUGUUGCACCACAAGGUUCCUUUGUGCUGUAAAUUCUUUCUACUUCUGCAUAUAAAUAUAUAUAAAGAUUUCUACUUUGAUAUCUUUGUCAGUGUGACUUACAAGAUAAUAACUUGCUUUAUUAUACUAGUGGAAUAUUUGGGUUUUACUCGUGUACUCUGUGGUUUCUUUGACAGCCGACACUUUUUCAGAUACAGCUAUCUACCCUAACAGUUUCCUUUCUUUUGUCUGUGCACUGGAUCUAAGGUAUUAACUGCUGAGUUUUUUAGCUGAAUAAUGAGAUACCAAACUCUAACCAAGUUAUUCUAAUCUUCUGGACCAAUGCAAAUUUCUGCAGUCGAUUUCUUUAUAAAUAAUAGUUUUUUUUUAAUUAUUUCGGGAAUGGUGUGGCUCAGCCUAGCAUUGUCACUGCCGUUGAAGUAGCUGCAGGCGUUAGCUCCUUUGUACCAAAACUUGUUUACAGGCCUACGAUUUAUACCUUUUUUGAGAUUUUCGAGAUUUAUUCUCACAAUGGCUGCCAUUUUCAAAUAGCACUGAUUAUUAUGAGACUUUUGAAAGCAGAGCUACGGUUUUCAUAUCUUAAUCCUAACCUUUGAAUGGCACACCUGAACUGGUUAGCUCCUUGAUACAUAUUUUAAAUGGGGAAACAAGAGAAUUUUUAAGUAUACAGGGAGUCCUGUGAGAUCUAACAAGGUAAUACCGUUUUGCACUUGUGGUACAACAUUUUCUUUACAAGAUAUCUGUUCUGUUUCAAUAAAGUUUAGUGUGGUAUAAUA